CUAUCUGAAUUGGUUACACCCCAAGAGUGAAAGCCUAUCAACACGAAGUACUCUGAAUCGACAAAGUGCGUAAGUGACUCAAACUUGUACUUGAGUAAAUGUACUUUGCGAUGACACUCUGUGGUCGAUUGGGGCUGUGAGGAGGCUUUCCAAGAACAGGACGCGUUUGGGUGUAGUCGGUGAUAGACGAAAGUCGAAACCAUCUCGAUCCUCCUCUCACGAUCCUGAACAACGUCCGGUCGUCUCUUUGCCUGCCAGCGGCUGAGCCGAACUGCACAAAAUGGGCAAACUCUACCAGGUCGUGGUGCAUGGACUGAGGGGGGAGAAGAUUACCGUCGACCUGUGCAACACAGAGGAGCAGAUGCAGAGCUGCACAGUGGGACAGCUGAAAGACAGGAUCGUGGAGAAGCUCCCCGGGACCGCAGGCAAGGACGCUUUGCGCUUGAUCUUCACGGACAAGAUGCUGGAAGAUGAUUCUGAUCUGCUGUCUAAAUAUGGAAUCCAGCACAAGUCUGUCAUCCAAAUAGUGGUGAAGGUUCAGGGAGGACUGAGUGCUUGAGAGAACCCAUCUCCUCCUCCUCCUCCUCUUCCUCCUGCCGUCGCCACCUCCGCUGCUGCUUCAUACAAGAUGAACUCCUGACUCCUGACACUGUUUACCAGUCUUAAAUUGUUGCUGUAUGCACUUUACUCAUGUGAUAAUCCUUUAAUGUCCUCCUGCGAGGAGAAAUAAAGCUCCCUGUAACGCCUCA